UAUUUAAUACAGCUCUUACAAGCAUUUGUGCCAUUUUGGUAUGACCUGACCAGUUCUGGAACGUCAAAGCUUGCCAUUCGCAAAACAUUGCAUUACUCUGACCACUGAAUAGGAAGACCAUUAUAAGAGCUUCUCUUAAAUAAGUUAGGGAUUACGUAGCUUUCGCGUUGACUUCAAGAGUCACUAGUUUGACGCGGUUUGGAAAUGGAAGACACUCGUGCUCGCUGGGACCGUGCUUUCCAGGAAGCUGUUGAUUAUGAUACUUGGGGCCAGGUUGAGGAGGCCCUAGAAGGCUACCAGCGACUUCAGGUCGCCGCUGCUGCGGAGUACGUAGAGAACGUGCUGCAGCUGUCCCUCGCCCGGCGAGACGGCAUCGGAAAGCUAGCGACGGCGCUGAAGUACCGCAUAGAGGAGCUGUCAAAGGGUGCGAAUCGGCAUGUGGGUCUGACCAGCAUGAAGACCCUCAAGAAGUACAUGAAGGAGAUCAUCGUCUCGGACGCCGCCUUCCCGCUUCCGCACAUCCAGCCUGAGGGGACCAUCACUGCGAGCCCAGUGGCGUUCGGCGCACCGGCUGAGGUACGCGCGGACGCGGAGGAGGAGGCGAUCAUGGACGGCGCCGACGGCACGCUGCGGGCGCCGCCCUCGCACAAGAAGGGCGACAUGAGCCUCAUCAUCUUCAUCGACAAAUGGAGCUUCAAGGACGCCAUGUCCUUCCUGGAGCCGCGGGUGGCGGUGUCGGUGCGGGACGAGAAGGGGCAGGCGUUGGAGGCGGUGCAGGAGACCCCGGUGGGGCGGUGUAACGUGAGCAACGUGGCGUUCGAGAACACCAUCUACAUCCAGACACCGCUCAACACGCUGUCGGACCGCGCCGCCAUUUUCUUCGAGUUCCGACACUUCAAGGCCAAGAAGAACAAGAAAAGCGUCAAGGCGUACUGCUUCAUGGAGAUGGACGAAAUCAAAAACGGCCCCGUCACCCUAGAGGUGUACAAGAAGCCCGCCAACUACAAACGCAACAAGAAGCCCUCGCUUCUCAGCGUCAAGCCGCUUUACCUGCACCUGGAGCUCACCGUACAGACCAGGACCUAGUGUUCUACUCCCAGGUCGACAUGCCGUACCAUGCCGUACAAGUCUGUCAUGUCGUACAUGCGUGCCAUGCCGUACGCGAGCAUGGAGGGGUGGUUGGUGGGGAGGGAACCAUGGAUACCAUGGGGAGGAUUGGUGUUGGGACGCGUUGGCGCAACGGGUAUUGCCGGGUGGCUUUAGGGGAGUGUUCAAUGCGCGCAAUCCAUUAGGACGGUCGGCUUGCUAGCCAUAAUCCGGAGCGGCAAGUUGGCGGCAUGAGUCGAGUUGCCGUCGUUGGCUUCCGGUUGCGGUUGUCAGGGGUCAGCUGGCGGUAUGACAGUCGCACGUGGGGAUGGGGAGCUCAGUAGGCCGGAUGCCUUCUGUGACUUGUUCAUGAGGUGUAGGUGUGAGGGCGGUGGACACCGGGUUGCGUGUGUGCUUACUUUUGACGGGGUGUGCGUGUGCAUGCUUGAGGGGUCAGUUUGCGCAAAGGAGACGAGUGAUUAGCCCCUGGCCUCAAUUUGUCACAGAUUCUUGGACACAACUGUUGGGUGCGGUAACAGAAUGGCGUCACGUUUUCGCCUAAGCAUGCAGCGCAAGGUGAUCUACAGGGGUGAUCAACAAGCCGAUGGUCAAAAGCACAUGAUGCUGGUGCCGUACACCGAUAUUGCUGGGCUUCAAGUGAACUGAGCUGGAUAGAUGUACUGACCAUAGCUGUGUAUAAGUGGGAUUGCAGCGUGAGGGUCUACCUGAGGCUUGGGCCCCACGAGACGGAUAGCUUUAUCGUAGCGACGUUGUGGAGCGGGAGACUGCUGCGUGCUUGCAAAGGUGGUUGAAGGGGAAGGUGAUAGGUCAAGUUGGGUGUUUUGAGGAGUAGACCUGCUUCCGCCUGCCAUGUAGCGUACGUGUAGAGACUACGGACAUGUGGAAGGUGUUGCGAAGGGUGAAGCAAGGCUCUGCUGCUCUCUUCGUCAGCACUGUUUACGGCUGGAGUAUCCUUGCAGGUUAUAAACUCUUAUUUAUUUGGGUUCCUAGGAGUAGCUCAUAUUCUGUCCGUAAAAUGAAUGGAAUGGCGUCAGGAUUUGUAGGAUCUGUGUCCCAUCGCCGUACAAGGACAGAGUCGCUUUGCCUUACCUACUCAGGUAGCAAUUUUUGGCUUCUUGCUUACUGCUUAAAUUUAUCUGCACUACCCGUAGUUGAACUUUUCGGAAGAGCGAGCCUUUUUGAACAAUCGCCUGAGAGCUUUCUUCCGCGGACCGGCCUUUGGAAUGUUUGUUAGGGUUGGAGUUUACCGAUGAGUCGCUCGUGUACGCAAGGGCUGGUUGCCAGCAACGCGACAGCGCUUCGGCCAGUAUGUGGUGGCAUUAGCCGGACCCACAAGGAACCAGUGGAGCACGCUAACUUGCGAGCGACAAGUCAUUACUAUGCUUCGACUUCACAGUGUGCAGUUUCUAGUAUGUCACGCCCUAGACGGCAAUGCUCAAGGGCGUCGCGACGAAGGGUGGCGACUAGAGCACUGUUUGAUCCGCCACCCUUUCGGCCGGAGAAGCUCGCGGUCAUGCUUGCAGCUGGGACGACUGUCCAUGAACCGGCCCCGCCCCUUAGUCGAAAGUACACCCUUACACAUAACGACAUUACUGGCAGCUUACGACUUACAAUAGGCUCGGACUACAACGAAAAACAGAUCUCAGGUUUUUACACACGCUUGCUGCGCGAUGAAAUCGUCGCGGAGUGGGUGAACAUAGGAUCUUCGGGGUUCGCGCUCCACGUGUACUGCCACGUCAGCGGGGAGGAGAGAUGGCUUGCUCCGCCCUUGUUACGCAACUACAUAUUCCGCCGAGAAUUGCCGCUGGUGCUCGACACCCUGGUCUACGCUGACCGGCAGCUACUUGCCGCUCAGCCCGAGCUCUCCCGGGCGCAGGUCUACGUGCACUUCCAGUCCAAAGUCAAGGAGCUGGACACGGUGGAGUAUUGGGGUGUGCUGGGCGACCGGGGCACCUGGCGCAAGGGGCCCACCUCCAUCCUGCUGCGCCUCAUAUACGCGGUGGUCGGCUGGCCGCCCUCCCUGGAGCCCCAACCCGCGGACCUGUCCGUGGACCAGCCGGCUGUACGGCGAGAUGUGGAGGCUGCCGUACGGCAACAACAGCAGCAGCUACAGCAGCAGCGGUUAUCAUGGGAGCAGCAGCGGUUAGGACAGGAGCAGCAGCUGCUGCCGGUGCUACCGCUGGUGGCCCAAGCAGCAGCAGGCGACCAGGAGCAGGGGCAGGGGCAGGACGAUCUGCGGUUAACGCAGCAGGGGUGGCAGCAGGGGUUGGCACCGGGGUUAGUCGCCAGGGUGGCGUUAGCGCCGUUGGAGCAGCAGCAGCAACAACGGGACCAGCAGUGGCAGGGGCAGCAGCAGCAGGGGCGGCCGUCGGGGCAAGGGGCAGGCAACCCAGGGGCGGUGUGCGUGCCGCCAGACACGCCCCUGACAGCUGCACCGGCUGCUGCGAUGAGACAGGUGGGCGGCGGUGUGGCGCGAACCACCAUCGGUACCGGCAUCCGAAUGCCGGCCGCGGGGGAGGCGACGCCGCCGUCGCCGUUGGAAGAGCCGUUGCCCUCCCUGGCUGGUCUCGUGCGGUGUAGACAGCAGCAGCCGGGCGGCGGGUUGGGCGUUGUACGAAUAGAGGGUGAUGGAGGUGGCGGAGGACUUGGCAGCAACAGGUGGUUGCGUGAGGAUGGGCUUUCGCUAAACAGCAAUGGCCACAGGAACAGUUGCGGCAACGGCGGUAGCGGUGGCAGUGGCAGUGGCAGCUGCAACGGGAAUGGGUUGGCCUCCUCCUACUCCUCGAGCAAUGGUGACGGAGCCCCGUGCGUGUUAGUGCCGCGCAACAGCGCUCACAUCAGCUGCAGCAGUCAGGUCAGCGGCAACGGCAUUGGGUUACGGUCGCAGCUGCAGCCAGGAGGUUGCAGCAACGCAGAGCUGCGGCCUGGCGAGGCAAACAGCCUCCGCACGAACCAUGGCAACGGCAGCAGCGGUAGUAACGGUUAUAGGACCUCUUGUGCUGCCUAUGCCAAUGUGCCUACGCCGGCUACUGCUGCUGCUGCUGCACCCCACGCGGCCGACCAAAAUGACCUCCGGCCCCAUGCAGCUGCAGCAGCAGCAGCCCAAAGCGAGUUCCACGACGAUCAGCAACAGCACCAGCAUCCGCAGGCUCCACUACGACAGGAGCAGGACCAGUGGCAGCGCCCAGCCUGCAUGCAUGUGGAUGGAGUGGAAGAGGAGGUAGCGGGAGCGCUGGGUGUUGCUGUUGGUGUUGAUUCCGAGCAUCAGCUGCAGCAGCAGCAAUCUCCGCUUGCAAGCCUGCCAGCGCCGCUGCUGCCAGCAUGUCGGCCACACCGGCCGCCAACCACAAACAGUCCUCGCCAGGUCGUGGCGAAUGGUGUGUCAUGCGGCCGCCAGGAACAGCCGGUGGGGGAACGGCAGCAGCAGCGGCAGCGGGGAGAGGAGGAAGAGGGUGGGAACGAGGUGCAGCAGCUAAAUCGGGAAGCUGUAGAGCCGUCCUGCGCCAGCAGGUUACAAUUGGUGGUGGAUCGAGGGCCACCCGAACUUGUGUCUGCUGCUGUUGGUGCGGGUGUUGUUGUUGCGGGUGGUGUUGUUGCAGCGGUUAUGGGUCACCCGUCUUAAGGGGAUUAGAUAAACUGAGCCGCGGAAACACUUAGGGGGAGGUUGUCUGGAAGAGAAGAGAGAAGUGAAACGGGGAGGGGAGCGUGGAGAGGGAGGUCGGCGAUCGAGAGGUGUUGAGGGUGGGAGCGGAGGCUGGUGUGUGUAUUAAGAAAACUGGGCUGGUGUGUGUGUGGCGUGCGAGGAGCGAUGUUGUGGUGUAACUAUAUGGUGGUAGUAGUAAUGCUAGGAGUGCUAGGAGGUAGGAGCUUGCUAGGAGAACCGACUAUUAGACAGAGCUAAAGACGCUGUGUUAAGAAAACUGGCCGCGAGGAGGGACAUAGACUUGGAGUCGCUGUUUGUUAAGAAAAUGGCCGCGAGUAGAACCUACGCGCUGUGUGCGUGUGUGCGGGUGGUGUGUUGGCACAGCUCGGAAACUAGGAUGUGCUGGUAGGUGACUGGCUUGAUCCGCUCUCUCCUGGUCACUGCAAACCAGACCAGAGAGGGAUGUAGACGCAUGAGGGGGCAUGCAUGAGCGGGCGUGGGGUGCGUUGAGGCGGUGCCUAGUUGCCUGCUCCACAUCGGCUACUGUGUUUUUACGGCAGCGCUGGGUGACACGAGAGGCGAGGCGGG